AUGGACUCCGCCCAUUUGCGUCGCAAGGACACCACCAAGGGGCCGCCGCUGCGGAUCCUCUCACUCGAUGGCGGUGGUGUUCGUGGCUACUCCAUGCUUAUCCUCCUCCAGGAACUUAUGUAUCGCACCUAUGUCGAAUGUGAAGGAAAACCCCCGCGUCGCGACCAGAUUCCUAAACCAUGCGACCACUUCGACUUGAUCGCGGGUACCGGCACUGGAGGGUUGAUCGCCCUCAUGCUCGGUCGUCUUCGCCUCGAUCUGGAGACGUGCAAAGAGGUUUAUGUGCGCAUGACCCGUCGCGUCUUUGAAACUGAUAAGACUAUCGCUGGCAUACCGUACCGCUCGACUUUAUUCAAGGCGUCUAAACUCGAAGAAGCGAUUCGCGAAUGUGUGCGGGAACAUACAGUGUUCGAGGCGGAGGGCAACGAUACAGGAAAUUCGAACGCCCGCGAUUCCAUCGCCAGCCUUCCCUACAGUCCAAACUCCGUCCCCCAACGAUCUAUCAGCCGUGGCAGUUUUAGUACCUCUGCUGCUUCACAUCCAAUGACGCCAUCAAGCCAACGGGGCUCCGCUUUCAUCAACGGGCUGCGUUGGGGAAACCCAGAUGCGCUACUCUACGAUAACCGCGAGCACCGGACAAAGACUGCGGUGACGGCGCUUUACAAAGGCACCCCACGCAAAGGUUCGGCCGUACUUCUGCGCUCCUACGAUUCCCGCCGAGAACCCCCACCUGAAUUUGAUUGUACCGUGUGGCAAGCAGGACGUGCAACCUCGGCAACAGGGCUUGCCUUCAAGCCGAUCCAGAUUGGUCAACACGUGUUCAUCGACGAAGGCCCUGGUACCUACAACCCUGCGCCGCAGAUUCUCGAUGAGGCGAUUGUGAACGAGUGGCCAGGCCGAGAAGUCGGUGUAUUUAUCAGUGUGGGAACUGGAAAACGACCUGCUGGGACCAACAACCGACAGCAUGAAUGGUGGGAGGACUUCUUCGGCGAUGCGCUGGGCACAUUCGCCGAAGCGAGGCGUCGACUCAUCACCAAAAUUGAAGGGUGUGAGGAUAUCCACAACGAGAUGCUCCGAGACCGUCUGGCCAAGCGUAAUGUCAGCAAAGACAAUUACUUCCGUCUGAACGUGGAAGUCGGAGUUGGUGAAUUCGGCAUGAAUGAAUGGAACCGACUAGCCGACAUCAGCACCAACACAAGGCAGUACCUUGCCAAACCUGAAGUCAAAAAGAUGAUUCUGGAAGCCGGUGUUCGCUUCGCCAAGAUUGAGCGCAUGAACCGACGUCUCGCGAUUCACGCCGCAGCGGGUGGAGAGCGCGAUGAUCUCUCCUUCGAUCUCGAAACAGAGGAACUCACCCUCUCCUCUCCCGCCCAAUCCUACAUCCCCCCGCCCGCCAAUUUUGCCGUCGAAUUGCCCGCAGAGCUACCGGGAGACCCAAUCGACUUCGCCCACCAACCCGCACAGCCCCCCAUUCCAACCAGCGUCACCAUCUCACCCCCAGAAGACUCUCUCCCCGCCCACGCCUCUCCCAUAGAAAACAACCCCACCUCGCCCACCUGGCAGACAGGAGGCGACUACCGUCGAAGCUACGAGCACGGCCGCCCAGGGAACACCCAACCCACAUCCCCUCACAGAAGUGAAGACCACUUCUCCACCUUCCACGGCAUGGCUCCUCCCGUUCCUCCCAAAACUCCCAUCCCCUACCCAACCGAGGACGACAUGCCUGCUCCGCUUUUCUCCCAGGCCCCAGGCAACAUUCGUCCCCCGUACCCGGAUGAUGAGCCCCCUCCCCCGGUGAAUAAACACCGCAAGCCGAGUUAUCAUAUUCGAGGCUGA